AUAUAUAUAAUUGUCGCUCGACUGUUCAGUUCUCUCAUUGCAACCUAACUUCUUAUUCAGUAGCCCAGUUGAGCAUGCUCCAGUCUCCACCAGCCCCGCACCUCUCGCUCUGCCUGCUACUGCUGCUUUGCCCAAUCAGUCUGCCCCUGAGACGCAAAGCCUAGCCAAUCAGUCGCCUCCGCCUGCUGUUGCCCCGUCUCCAGAACCAACCCCUGUAGCUCCUGUCCCAGAGAGCCAGUAUGGUCAGGCUCCUAUGCACCAGGGCCCUCCCAUGUACCAGGGGCCUCCCAUGCAGCACCAGGGCCCUCCCAUGUACCAGGGGCCUCCCAUGCAGCAACAGGGCCCUCCUAUGUACCAGGGCCCUCCAAUGCAUCAGGCUCAACCAAUGUACCAGGGCCCUCCAAUGCAUCAGGCUCAACCAAUGUACCAGGGCCCUCCAAUGCAUCAGGCUCCGCCUAUGCAGCCAGCUCCGCCCCCACACCAGCCACCGCCCAUGCAGCCGGCCCCGCCCAUGCAGCAGAGCUCCAUCCAGAUCCCGAUGGGACCGCCCCCUCCCAAGGUGGUCAGCACUGCCUGUGUCUACCCUACACAACCAGCUCCAGCUCCUCCCCCGGCUGCGCCUGCAGACCCCUCAAACAGGCCCCCUUGGGUCACCGACGACACCUUUGCCCUGAAGUUUGACCCCAGCAAGACCACCACCACCAGCAUGAAGGUCCAACCGCUCCCUCAGGGCGCCCCUCCUGCGCCAGCGUACAUCCCCCACCCCUCCUCCGCUCCUCCCCCAGCCCCCAGCCCGGCAUACAACCCUGCCCCCGCCCCCGCUCCCUUACCCUCAGUGGCCCGCGGCGUGGCUCAGAGGGCGGAGAGGUUCGCUGCCAGCGGCCGUACAGCCCUCUGUGGAGCUUGCAACAACAUUAUUAGGGGUCCCUUCCUGGUGGCUCUGGGCCGCUCCUGGCAUCCAGAGGAGUUCAACUGUGCCUACUGUCACACAUCGCUGGCCGACGUCAGCUUUGUGGAGGAACAGAACAAUGUUUACUGUGAGAACUGCUACGGCGAGUUUUUCGCCCCCACCUGUGCCCGCUGCAACACCAAGAUCAUGGGGGAGGUGAUGCAUGCACUGAGACAGACAUGGCACACAACCUGCUUUGUGUGUGCCGCCUGUGGUAAGGCUUUCGGAAACAGCCUCUUCCAUAUGGAAGAUGGAGAGCCGUACUGUGAGAAAGAUUACAUUUCACUGUUCAGCACCAAGUGCCACGGAUGUGACUUCCCUGUUGAGGCUGGGGACAAGUUCAUCGAGGCACUAGGUCACACCUGGCACGACACAUGCUUUGUCUGUGCGGUGUGCAAUGUGAACCUGGAGGGUCAGCCCUUCUACUCCAAGAAGGACAAGCCCCUGUGUAAGAAACACGCCCAUGCCAUCAACGUCUAGAUGCUUGGUUGGCAGCCUUACGGGGUGGAGAGCCAGCUCAAUGUACCCCAGCAGCCUGGGUCCUAAAGUGAGGGCAUCGAUGCUAUUGAUGACAAAUACAUUUUGCAGAUCAGUAAUUGAAAUAACGCUACUUGUUUUUGUUCACCAGUACUGAAACUAAAGACAACACUGCCUAAUGUUCCUUCUCUGACAGGAAAUUAUGUGAUGAAAAGUGAUUGCACAGUACACUUUUUAAUUAUGUCACCCUCAACAACAACAAAAAGAAAUCAUAGUUAUAUCAGAGAAAGGUUUAGCUAAUUCCUUUGUUACCAGACUCCUGGUAGGCUUUAGUCCUGGGACUGAUAGUCUAAACACAUGAGACUGGUUUUAGUAGCAGGACUCUAUAGUACACACAAUACAGAUGCCUUAUUUCACAAAGACUGUCCUGUUCUGAAUGUAAAACAAAAACUGAAAAUUAAACAAGAAAUGUAACACAAAUAUAGAGUCCAGUAAAUAUAUCCAGACAGUUUUACAUAUUUACAUUGGGUUUGAAGUAAUAUCACAAUUAUGCCUCACAGUGAUCAAUAGACCAAAUGUGAGCUAAUAUAACUAAUUUUACUAAGUAGUUACUAAUCAGUUUGACUUCGCACAGGAAGUGUAGUACUAACUCAAUUAAGUAUUUAGUAUUUAUUAAACAGUGUUAUUUAUUUGCAUAGGAAAAUAGUAAACAGUGUUAUUCAGUGGGCAGUGUGAUGAAACUAUACGUUCCAUAUUGAAUUAAUCAAUUAUGGCGUAAUAUUGAGACCUUAAGUUCGAUCACAAGAUUGUUUUUGUCUGCCCCCGGAUUCAAGAAAACUCCAGUGGGCAAAAAAAAAAUACAUUUCGCUUUUGCCUUUGAUUUUGUCGUGCCUUUUGUCCUGAUAAAUUUCCUCUAUUUCAUAAAAAAAGAUUGCUAUGCAUAUUCAGUUUGGUGUACAUGUCCAAGUCAACAUAACUCUUUUAGUUUCAAAUGUUACUGGCUCACACACCUUAAGGACACUGGAUGUGUGUGCUGGUGUACAAUUUUUACUCUGAUAUUUGUUUUAUACUGUGUAUUUGGUGUGUGUGUGUGUGUAUGUGUGCAUGCAUGAGUUGGUAUAUGACUGUCUGUGCAUGUCUAUUGGGUCAAAUAAUAUAUGUUUUGUAUAGUGCCACUAGAAUCACUGAGCGUAACUAUUAUUUGACUUACCGUAACUCUAAGAACCAUCAAACACUGAGUGCGUUUUACGUGUUUUUUAUUACUAUCCACUGGAAGGAAAAUUGAGGAUAUCUUACUGGAGGGAAAGGAGAUGGAAAUGCAGACUUGAAUUGUUGGUAGGGAUUUUAAAUUGUCUCCAUAUUGAAACUAGUUGUAUAGUUUCCAACCACUAGGGUGCAAUAUAGUGUUGAUACCACUGACGUGGCAUGCCUCACACUAGUGACUAUUCACUUACCCAUUUAAUUGUUUUAAACUGCUGUCCCAAACUUAGCACCAAGUAUCAAACUUGUGUUUCCCUGGCAACUUAAGUGUGUCUUUUCCUCUGCAUGUUAUUACCCUUUCAUUGUUACUCAAAUGUUCCCCAUCCAUGGGUCCUGUGCAUGAAUUUUAUGUUUUUUUCACAAGAGCAUAGUUGUCAGUAGUUGGCUGAAUUUACCUAAAAAUUACAAAUAUUUUUUGAAUGCCUUCGUGAAACCUCAUUGAGGAUUAUUUCUUAAGUACUGCUUCAAAAACGACAAGUCCUGUUAACACUGUUUUUAUUAACUACUACAAUCUUUUUUUGUCCUGGUAUCUGCAGUACUAUAUCAGUAGCCCAAACUGUGCUUAAUCACUAGUCUCAUUUGAUCAACUUACUAUGGUUCUGAUGGUGUUUUGGACACAUACAGUAUAGUGCUAGUCUAUCAUUUCACCAUCCAUUCCCAACUGACCACAUCCUCUCCUGCUGUCACAGUCAUUCCAUUUAGUGAACAUGUCUCUCUGGUGCAUCAAGUAUUUCUGAAGAGAGACAUACCAUCAGAACUCCCAAUUUCCACUUCCCAUUAAGUAAAUAACAACUGGGUAUUUAUUUCACAAGUAAUUUUAGGCUACUGAGUAGUGGUUCAGAUGACACGUUUAUGACACAUUUGUUCAGUUUGCACUGCUGUAUAUUAAACACUUGCAUCAGAUGUGUAAAGGGGCUGCAUCUUUCUCCAUGUUCUGUAUUUUGAGAAAUGACUUCUAUAGAGUAUGUUACUGCUUUUCUUAGCAUGGGAUACACUCUAUUUAAUCUGAUAAUUUAUUUACUUACUUAAACUUUACAUAUUUU